AUGGACCUCUGCCUCGUCUUCACCUCCUUCAUUCUUCUCAUCGCUCUUCACCAACUGUUAACAUUUCGGUAUACUGUCGAGAAUCAGAAUUCAUGGAUCAUCACUACCAUAGCUAGUGCGAUUAUGACCCUCUGUAGUUUACCUUUCCUGUGGGACUUUGUUUUGGAGAGUUUGAAUUCGCAAUUUAGCUGGCAGAUGGCAGGAGAAGGGGUCAAGGGGGUCAGGGCCCGUUCAAUGCUAGCAUUCGUUGCAAACAGAUUCUUCCAAAGUUACUUGCUUGCCGAUCUAACAGCAGGGAUUUUUUACUACAGAGGCCGUAUCAACUUAUUAACAGGGUGGAUGCAUCAUAUCGCCUAUGUGGGCAUUGUUGAAUUUGCCAUCAGACAAAGGCGGCCCCAUAUUUUCUGUCUCGCUGCUUUCAUGGAGUUGCCCACAUUUAUUCUAGGGGUCUUUAUCCUCGCUCCCAAGACGCGUUCCAAUGUCCUUUUUGCUGUUGUAUUCUUCCUCACCAGGAUACUCUUCAACAUCGUUCUCGUCAUCUCUUACGCUCUUCCUGACGUCCGUAAACACGCUACUGGAGAUUCAUUUGCGGUCAGCGGCAUUCUGCUGGGCGCACUACCGCUACACAUUAUUUGGUUUGUCGGUUGCAUCAAAGGGUUUGCGAGAAGAGCAAAGGAAGCCAAAGACGCGAGAUUGAGCGAACGAAGGAUCAACACUGUUGAGGUGAACCUGAAGGUCUACAAUGCCACCGACGAGAAGAGAUCCCCCACACCUUCCUCAACGCGUAAGGCCCUCGCCGCUAUCCAUCAUCCUGUCGUCGUACCGCCCGGCCAUGUUCAUCCUCAUCCAGCAACAGACGCAGCACAACAUUACUACCAUCGCUUGUGCUCUCGUUUCGACCGCUGGCGGAUCGUGCAUGGCGAUGUUCAUCGACACGGUCAGCAGAAUGGCGCCCAUGAAGGAGACAUGGCUCAGUUGUAUACCCUCCGCGGGGGUAGCCUUAGCGAUUAUCGGGCAAGGAUUCGGGAGUACAGAAGGAAUGUUGCAAGAAAGUAUCGUGAGUAUGCAGGUGCUGGAGCGGUAUCGCGAGAGUCGAGAGAGAAGAUGUUUGACUGGGUUGGGUUGGGCACCUCGCGAGGUCCAAAAUCGAGCCGGAGAGCAACCUGUUAA